GCGAGCUGAAGGAACACGAGAAGCAAUUGAUCAGAUGACUGGGGCCGUAUUUAAUGAAGACAUCAAUCUUAAUAGACUCUGUAUCUUUGUUUAAAGUGCGAGCUCUUGGAUGAUGCAUCGGUGAAAAAGAAUAAAGAAACAUGGACUACAACGAAUCCUGGAACAACACAACAAUAGAUGCAUCACCCUCAUCAUUCACCGGACUCCAGCUUCUGAUGGACCUGAAACCUUUCUUCAUCCCCCUUUACGCCAUGCUGGUCCUUGUAGCGUUCUCUGGAAACCUCCUCCUCCUCAUCCUCAUCGGUCUGAAUAAGAAACUUCACAGCACCACAAAUUUCCUAAUUGGAAACCUGGCCCUGGUUGACCUGGUGAUGUGCCUGUUCUGCGUUCCUUUGACUGCCUUUUACGCCUUUGAUGAGCGCGGCUGGGUGUUUGGCCGGUUCAUGUGCCAUUUCGUUACCCUGAUGCAGACGGCGGCCGUGUUUGCUGCAGUUUUAUCUCUGACUGCUAUAGCAGUGGACCGUUACGUAGUGGUUGCCUACCCUAUUAGACGGCGCGGAGGACGUUCUUUCUGUGCAUGGCUGGUGUUCAGCAUAUGGCUCUGUGCUUUGGCAAUGUCCACCCCUACUGCUCUACACACUGUGUACCUUGAUCUUAGUGCAGCGGGCCACGAAAUGGUUAUCUGUGAGGAGUUCUGGACCGGGCAGGAGCUCAGUCGUCUUAUAUAUUCGUGUUUUUUCCUUCUUCUUUCCUAUUUCGUUCCUCUAGCAGCGGUAUCCAUUUCCUAUUGUGCCAUUUCAUGCCACCUGCGGCACAGAGCUACACCUCGGCUCAUGGCCGCCACGCCCUCCAACCAGGAAAAGUGGGGACGGAGAAGGGGCAAGACAUUUCGACUCCUGUUGGUGUCCGUUUUCUCGUUCGCCUUCUCCUGGCUCCCCCUGCAGGUGGUGAACCUCAUCCGUGACCUCGAUACCGACUUCGCCAUCUUGAACAAGAAUCACAUCAACGUGAUCCAGGUUUCAUGCCACUUGAUAGCCAUGAGCUCAGCCUGCUACAAUCCCUUCAUCUACGCCUCCCUUCACAACAAGUUCCUGCUGUAUUUGUGUCAGAAAAUAUUUCAAAGAAGAAGACCUCAUCAUACCCAGAGCAGCCUCACAACCUCCAGCCGAAUGAUCCGAGUACAUACUUCCUGUACUGACAUUCCCAUGGCCAUUAGCAAGAUAUCACAAGACUGAACACACGCUCUCCUACAGGUGUCACCCCUGCUGGUCACAGAUCUGUUCGACACUGUUCCUGCAGCUCAAUUUGUUGAACAUGACAAUCCCAAAGCCAUGAGUUGGAUUUCCAAGAAACACAUGAGUUAAAUAAAUGUAUAGGACCUUGAAUGCGCUGUAAGUUGCUUGAAAGAAAAACAAAUCCAUAAAUGUCAAAUUUUUUGAAAAGCUAUAUCUUUAUGUAUUAAAGGUCCAGUGUGUAAUUUUUUAGAGGAUAUAUUGACAAAAAUGCAAUAUAAUAUACAUAACUAUGUGUUCAGAGGUGUAUAAAGACCUUACAUAAUGAAGCGUUAUGUUUUGAUUACCUUAGAAUGAGCUAUUUCUAUCUACAUACACCGUGGGUCCCUUUAAAUGGAAUGUUGUUUCUAGCCCUAAACAGACAAACUGCUCUACAGAGCGUGUUUCGUAAAAAUGUCAUCUCCUUCGGAAGCAAAAACGUGACGACAUCUUAAUCCUGUGUCAGCCACCGUAGUGCUACAAAAGGGAGGGCUGGAGUGAGCCGUUGGUUGCAAUUCGAAAUCUCACCGUUAGAUGCUGCUAAAUUACAUACACUGGACCUUUAAUGUAUCUGUUUUAAAUGUCAAAAUUUUAAUGAUACACUUUAUUUUAUGUCUGGUUGGCUGAUGGCAGUUAUCUUGGCCAUAUUUUGACAAGCAGUGUUAACAUCUUGUAAAAGCAAAACUGAUGGCAUUGUAGAAAUACACAGUCAGCCAUGAUUAUUUUAUAAAUAAUAAAAUUAUGUAACAUUAUU